AUGCUGGGUUCUUUCCGGGCUUUUACUGCCCUCGCCACAGUCGCAUCUAUCCUUGUCUCUCGCGUCGAUGCGAUAGCAAAAAUCUCCCGCUCAGGCAGGUACCUCUACCAGGACGACGGAACAAGAUUCUACAUCAAGGGCAUUGCCUAUCAGGAGCAGGGUGCUGUUGUCGAGAGCGCUGACAACGCAUUCGGAGAGCCGUCGACCUUCAUCGACCCAUUGGCCCUGCCGGAUGCCUGUAGGCGUGACUUGCCCUUCUUACAACAGCUUGGGGUCAACACAGUCCGGGUCUACAGUGUAAACUCGUCGCUCAAUCAUGACGAUUGCAUGCAGACCUUCAGCGCCGCUGGCAUCUACACCAUCAUCGACUUGGCACUCCCUCUCAAUGGCUCCAUCGACCGCGUGUCUCCUUCAUGGUCAACAAAUAUUCUCGAUCAGUAUAUCAGGACGAUUGAUACGUUUUCCAAGUACGACAACGUCCUGGCUUUCAACGUCGGAAACGAGGUCGUUGUCCAAGAAGCAACCGGUGUCUCCCCCUACGUCAAAGCCGCUGCUCGUGACAUCAGGGCUUACCUCUCGUCCAAGUCUUCCUCGGCACUUGUUGGCUAUGCAGCUAUUAAUGGCGCGUCUACAUGGCGCGAUGCGUUAGCCAGUUAUCUCACUUGUGAUGCCUCCGGUGGCAACUCUGAUGCUACGGCUAUCGAUCUUUAUGGCUUGAACGACUACGAAUGGUGUGGGGACUCUUCUUUCGAAAGCUCAUACGCCGGUACAACUAGGAACUUUGCCAACUUCAAUGUCGCUGCUUACUUCAGCGAGUUCGGUUGCAUCACCUCGCCCCCACGUCUCUGGACAGAAACCCAGGCCAUCUUCAGUUCCCAGAUGUCGGACGUUUGGUCCGGUGGUGUCGCUUUCUCAUACUUCCCGGCUUCCAGUGUUCAAGGGCAAUUCGGCAUGGUCACGGUCGACGGCAAUACCGUUACCACGAGCGAUGAUUUCGACCGCUUGAGGACUCAAUACAAUCAAGCCAGCGGGCCCAACUCCCCGGCUCGCAGCAGUGCCGCCACGACUUUCGGCUCUUGCCCCGCCGAGAGCGAUACUUUCGCCGCUUCAACCACGAUUCCGCCAACCCCAAAUGAAGCUGCUUGCGGUUGCUUGCAAAGUACUCUUAGCUGCCGUUUCACUCCUCAAACAUCCAACUACAGCGCCAUCGCUGGUGAACUCAUUGGCACGGCCUGCAGUCUCCUUGGUCAACAAGGAGGUAACUGCAACGACAUUGGUGGAAAUGGCACCACGGGCACUUACGGCCGUCUCUCCGGUUGCGACCCUACCGUCAAACUCUCCUUCGUGAUGAGCCAAUACUAUGAAAUCAACAACCGCAACCCACAGUCAUGUAGUUUCAGCGGCAACGCGACUGUCAACAGCGCUGCUCCGUCGUCAGCGUCCGCUGCCAACGCCGCUGCUUCCUCGUGUAUCUCCAACCCUUCGGCUACAUUCACGCCCAGUGCCCCCGCCACAACAGGAGGCUCUGGUGGAAGCUCCGGGGGAGGAGGCAGCAGCAACGGUGGCUCGAGCGGCGGCAAUAAUAACUCCAAUGGCGCUGUUCCUUUGAUCACCGAUGCCCGUGCGCUUCUGGGCCUGGGAUCUAUGGCUGCCGUUGGUUUCGCCAGUGCCUUCUGGGUCUUGGUCUAA